CGGCUCAGGGGGUCGGCGGGUAGUGAGGACGCCGCGGGAGGCGCGGGUUCCGGGGCCGGUGCGGGCGCCGGGCAGGCAGCUCCCGUCGAGGAAAGGCGUCAUUGAAGGUCAUGGCAAAGCACCUGAAGUUCAUCGCCAGGACUGUCAUGGUGCAGGAAGGAAACGUGGAGGGUGCCUACAGGACCCUGAACAGAAUCCUCACUAUGGAUGGACUCAUUGAGGACAUUAAGCGACGGAGGUACUAUGAGAAACCGUGCCGCAGGCGACAGCGGGAAAGCUACGAAACUUGCAGGCGGAUCUACAACAUGGAAAUGACUCGAAAGAUCAACUUCUUGAUGCGAAAGAAUCGAGCGGAUCCAUGGAUGGGUUGCUGAGGCCUGGGGAUGGAAGACCUGGGAUAAAAACUUUCAUGCAUUUCUACUUCUAAGCCCAUUAUCUGUUUUUUUUUUUUAAUCUUUAAUAAACUCAAUCACAUACAUGCAAAAAGACUUGCAAAUGCAGAA